AACAAUGCCCGAGGUCAAAUAACUGGAAAAACGGAAUAGCAUCUCUCUUCUGCAACUGGAUCUCCAAUGGCGGAAACCAAUUACUCAAGGACAGUAAUCCAAUACGCAAUAUCAUCAAGGAUCCUUCUCCUAACCCUAAUUGUUCUAUGGAGAUCUCUUCUCAAUCCAUACGAUACCUCUGCAUCUAUAAACCCUAAUUGUCUUUCUAUCUCUUCCGAAUCAACAAAACCCCCAAUUAUAUUCCCUUCAGUUGCUUCCGCCAUUGAAGAUAGCAUCGUUUGGGAUUCAGUCUACUUUGUUCGAAUUGCUCAAUGCGGUUACGAGUACGAACAGACCUAUGCCUUCUUCCCUCUCUUGCCCAUCCUCAUUUUCCUCCUUUCGAAUUCAGUUUUCUGGCCGCUGAUUCCGGUAAUUGGGUAUAGAGCUGUGCUGGGAUUGUCUGGUUAUGUGAUCAGCAAUGUUGCCUUUGUGUUUGCUGCACUGUCUUUAUACAGGCUUUCGCUGGUUAUUUUAAAGGAUCCAAAUGCGUCGCUGCGAGCAUCUGUCUUGUUCUGCUUCAACCCAGCUUCGAUAUUUUACUCGUCAAUUUAUUCAGAAAGCUUGUAUGCUCUACUAUCAAUUGGGGGUACGUAUCUCUUGAUGUCUGGAGUGAACAAUGUUCCCGCUCUAUUGUUUGCGCUUUCCGGCUCUGUAAGGUCUAACGGGGUGCUUAAUGCUGGGUAUUACGGAUUUAAGGCUCUGCACCAGUCUUAUUAUGCCAUGUAUGUGAAGAAGCGUCCUCAUUUGGUUCUGAAGGUUCUUUUAGCUGGAGCACUGCGAUGUAUCUGUAUUUUCAUACCCUUCCUAGCAUUUCAAGCAUAUGGCUACUACAAUAUCUGUCAUGGACGCAAUCCAGAGGAAAUGAGGCCUUGGUGCAAAGCAAAGAUUCCUUUGUUGUAUGGUUUUAUCCAAAGUCAUUACUGGGGUGUUGGCUUUUUGCAGUAUUUCCAACUAAAGCAGAUACCCAAUUUUCUGCUCGCAUCUCCUGUGCUAUCUUUGGCAUUUUGCUCAAUCCUUUCUUACUGGAAAGCUGACCCUGAGAACUUCUUUUUACUUGGUUUUAGAACUACGUUAAAGAAAAAAUAUACACCUGCUUUUCUCUUCUCUGGAGGAGAAGAGCCGGUGAGAGAUGAUAAUCACUCUGCUGCAAAGAAAGAGGCUAUAAAUGUGAGGCGACGGCAAAAGUCCAUUUCACAAGACAGAUCUGCGAGUCCUAGUAAAAACCAGAUCUCGGUUUCUGGAUACCAUUCGGCUAUUGUGCUACCUUUCGUUUUUCACUUGAGCUUCAUGACCGCCACAGCCUUCUUUGUUAUGCAUGUUCAGGUUGCAACUCGGUUCUUGUCUCCUAGCCCGCCCCUAUACUGGUUUGCCUCUUACCUGAUGACUUCUGCUGGAAAGAGUCGGCUAUGGGCACACCUGGUCUGGGCAUAUGCUGCCUCCUACAUCCUCCUUGGAAGUCUGCUUUUUUCAAACUUCUAUCCAUUUACUUGAACGAUAAUCGAGAUCAGCUUUAGAAAUUUAGAGAUUUUAGAUUAAGGUUUUGGAAUGUCAAAUUUGUGUGACAUUUUAUUUUAGGAUUUUUAAAGAAAUUGAUGAUGAUAUCUUAAUCAUAAUAUCAGUGCAGUUAUCAAGAUGAAUCUUCUAAGUCCCUUGAAAGGCAGCUUCAUACAAUCAAGUCCAUCAUCGACAGCCUUCAAUUUCACUCUUUUGUGUGUUAGUUUUGUUUGGUGUGUUUGUUGUACCUUAGUUUCGUUUGGUUUUCCUAGGUUGUAAAUUAUAGGAUAACUAAUGCCAUAUUCUUAGUUAACAUACAUUUUCUGUA